CUUAGCAUGGCCCUGCAUCACUGCAGUGGCACUGCCCAUGGCAUGGUGAACAGAUUCAUCCAAGCUCAACCUCAGCAAGUCGACUCCCACUCUUCCUCUCCUUCCUCCACAAAAUCUUUCUUUUCUCAAAUGGUUUCCCUCUCCAUUAAUCCUUCGUCCUCUCACUCAACUCAUCACUUCUUUCCCUUCACGGAAAGCUCUGAUACAAGUGAGUUGUUUGGGGAAAAACACACUAUAGAUGUUGCAGAGGAGGAGAUCAGCAGAGAUGGAGGAGGUGAGAACACAAAUGACAGCAGUGACCAGUCCAAGCUCUGCGCUAGAGGCCAUUGGCGGCCAGCAGAGGACUCCAAGCUAAAAGAACUUGUUGCUAUUUAUGGCCCUCAGAACUGGAAUCUCAUAGCCGAGAAGCUUGAGGGAAGAUCAGGAAAAAGUUGUAGGCUUAGAUGGUUCAAUCAACUGGAUCCAAGGAUCAAUAGAAGUGCUUUCACUGAAGAAGAGGAGGAGAAACUCAUGGCUGCUCACAGACUUUAUGGUAACAAAUGGGCUAUGAUUGCAAGGCUCUUUCCUGGCAGAACUGAUAAUGCAGUGAAGAAUCACUGGCAUGUAAUCAUGGCAAGGAAGUACAGGGAGCAAUCUACUGCUUAUAGGAGGAGGAAGCUAAGCCAAGCCAUGCACUUGAGGCUUGACGAGAAUACUACAUCUUCAAGGCCUCACCCCCCCUUCUAUUUCUCUUCUUCCAUGGUCAGUUCAAGCACUCCCCCAGCUUAUCACAUACCAACUGCGGGAAUGGGCUCCUUAAAGCAAAAACCCUCUGAUUUCAUCAUUUCUGGCCACAAUGCUGAUCAAGAGAGGACGGAUAUGUUCAGGCAAAACGAUCAUGAGAUUCAGAUCUUGCAGGGCUCUUAUAGUCAUCAAGCUUCAGUUUUGUUUGCAAUGCAUCAAUCACCUAGAUAUCUUCCUUACAAUACCUCAGCAGCUUCAUCAUCCUCAUCAGGAGAAACUCCUGCGCAUUCUGCUGAGGUUGAGGCAUUAGCUGUAGGUGGGAAGGCAUGA